AUGCUCAUACAUAUAAGGAAAUGUCCAGGUAUAAGGUCCCAACAACAAAGGUUUUAUACCCAACGUUCAUCUUUGGAUAAAGUUGGUAGCGUAUUUGAGAAACUUCAAUCUGAAAAAUAUAACAAACUGUUUAACUCACAAAAGGAAGAUCUUAAAGUAUUGAAAAACUCAAAUAUAUCAUUGAAAAAGAUUAAAAAGGGUAAAAAGGAACAUAAACACCUUGGUAAACGUGGAGUAAAUACCAAAUUUAAAAAAUCAUCAAAUUAUAACUUAUCAGAUCUUUCAAAAUGCAUUAGAACAGCUACAGGUGCAAUAUACCCCUUGCAUCAAUCAGAUGAUCAUAUAUCUGCUUAUGAUCAUGUUCAAUCACCAAUUUUCCAAAAACAAUAUAAUACAAAUCCAAUUUAUGAACCCAUCCCAGUGGAACAAAAAGGUGAAGUACCACCAUUACAACAUCAAUUAUCAAGAGUAUUAUUUCAACAUGGUCCACAAUUUUUACAAGAUCCAAGAUCAAAAGUUUAUAAUUUUGAUCCUUUCCUACAGAAAAUAAUACCUUUAGAUGAAUUUAAUAUGAAUUUAAUACCCGGAUAUAUCACUUCAUCAAAAGAUAAAAUAAUGUUGGAAUUAUCUUCCAAACUCCAUACAAAAUAUUAUAGUUCAACAUCAUCAAUGACUGGAAUAUUAAGUCAUUUACAUUUUUUAAUUUCAAAUUUUAGACCAAGUUAUUUAGAUGAUUUCUCCAAAAAUAUAAAAUAUAAAUUUGGUACUUUUACCAAAAGUGCAAAAUUACCAGGUUCAGUUAUUGUUAGAAAUAUGGGACAUGGGAAAUAUGCAAUUGAUAGUGAUAAAUCUGCAGAUAGAGAAAUAUUAUUAUCACAAUUAGGUCAUGUUUUGGAGAAAUUAUUAACUUCUACACCAGAUCAUUUCCAAAAACAUAGAUUAGAUUCCAAUUCAACAGAUCCACCAACUGAAAUAAAUUCAUAUCAUUAUGCUAAAAUGGGGGAUUUCCUUUUAAGAUCACAAUUAGAUUGUAAAGAUGAUAGAUUACCAGGGAAUGGAACAUUUGAUUUGAAAACAAGAGCUGUAUGUGCCGUAAGACAUGAUAUGAUUAAAAAUGAAUAUGAUUCUAUAACAGGUUAUGAAAUUAAUAAAUUAAAUGGUGAAUAUGAAUCAUUUGAAAGAGAAUUAUUUGAAUUAUCUAAAUCUACAUUAUUAAAAUAUUCAUUACAAGCAAGGAUUGGUAAUAUGGAUGGUAUUUUCGUUGCAUAUCAUAAUAUUUCAAGAAUGUUUGGAUUUGAAUAUUUACCAUUAGAAAAAAUUGAUAAAAUUUUAAAUAAUUUUGGAAGUUUAAAACAGGAUAAAUCAAAUUUUAUAAAUUUAAAAAAUUUCAAAAAUGAUCCAGAAGAUGAAAUUAAUUCAAUUGGAUUAGAUUCAAAAUUAUCAACAAAAUGGAGUAAUGAUGAAUUUAAUAUAUCAAUAAAAAUCUUGAAUGAUUUAUUGGAUAUAAUUACAAAAGAUUAUUUACCCUUACAAUCAUUUAGAUUAAUUUUUAAAGCCGUGGAAAAGGGUUCAUUCCAAUCAGUGUUGAAUGUUAUAGCAUCACCAAUAACAGAUGAUGAAAUUAAUUCAAUUCAAAAUUCUGGAUAUAAAUCAAAUAAAAUUUUAUUAGAAGAUAUUGAAGAACCCCAAGGUAAAUCACAAAAACAACAAGAUCAUAUGAAUUCUCAUAUUGAAAAAUUAAGAGAAUUAAAUGAAAGAACUAUGAAAAGCCCAAUUGGGUUCCAAGUUUAUAUUAAUACAGAAUUAAAUAAUCAAAACACCAAGAUGAGACAUCCAAAAUAUAAAUCCAUAGAAGAUGAUUUAAAAAUUUCAAUUAAAAUUGAUAAAAUGAACAAUCCAAAUGAAAUUAAAUCAAUGGGUAUAAAAUUCUUAGAAGAAAAAAUUAAAAUGCUUUCACAAAAUACCAUAAAGAAUGAUGAUGAAGUUGAUAUAUUCAUUAAAAUUUUAAGAGCUUUUGGACAAAAAGGUUUAUUGAAAAGAUCAAAAGAGGAAAAAAAUGAUUUAAAGAAAAUAUGGAAUAGAGAUUGA